AUGAGGGUAAUGAAGAGGAACGCUUGGUGGUUUUAUUCCAAGCGAUGCAAUUCAAGCGUUACAACUUGUCAAUCUGAUAUUUUUGAAUGUUCUUCAUAUUUUAAAAAGUUUAAAAGAUACUCAGAAAAUUUAAUUGAGUGUAUAGAAAAAUAUAAAAAGGAUAAAGUUUUUUCAUUGAAUAAUUAUAUAAACUAUAAAAAAGAAAUAAAAAAUGUCAUACAUUUGUUGUUCAAAGAAGAAUCAUUAAAUAAAUUAAAUAAAAAUAAUUUAUUAAGUAUCUUUACAUAUAGUGUUUUAUUAUCUAAUAGGAUAUCUUUUCCACAUAAUGAAAAAAAAAAUUUAUUACUUUUAUAUAUUCAUCAUAAUAUUGAUAAGAAUAAAACAUUUCUAAAUAAUAAGGAUAAUUAUAUGGAUAAUAAAAAUAUAGGUGAUCAAAAGGAAACAGAAAUGUCAAAUGAAAUGACCAAAGAAAUGACAAAUGAAAUGUCAAAAGAAAUGUCAAAUGAAAUGUCAAAUGAAAUGUCAAAUGAAAUGACCAAAGAAAUGACCAAAGAAAUGACCAAAGAAAGGGCAAAAGACUUAUUAUUAAUUUUAAAAUAUAUAUUCUAUUUAAAUGUAGAUUAUGAUAAAUAUAUUUUUAAUCAUAUAUAUCAAGACCUAAAUAAUUAUAUCGAUUUAUAUUCCUUAGAAGAAUUAAAUGUAUGUAUAAAACUAUUAUCAAAUAUUAAAAAUAAAAAAUGGAUAAAUCAUAAAAUUAUUAUUAGAUGUAUAAAUGAAAUAAUAAAUAAAUUUAAAGAUAUAAAAAUUACAAAUCAGCAUAUACACACUAUUAAUCAUAAUGUAAUUGUUAAUAUUAUAAAAGCUUGUUCACGUCUUAACUAUGAAAUAAACGACAUACAAGUAUUGUUAGAUCAUUUCAAAGAUAAGUAUCAAAAAACAGAAAAUCAUGAUAAUGAAAUAGAAAAUACUAUUAAUGAGAAUAAUGAAAAAAAUAUACAUAUCUUAAUAAAAAUUAUUUAUAAUUUAUUCUUAUGUAAUUACUAUAAUUAUAAACAUAUGAAUCAAUUAUUAUAUUUAUUAAAAAUAUCUCUAUUUCCAAAUGAGUCACAAAAAGAAUAUCCUACAUAUCAUAAAUAUAAUUAUAAUAAUAAUAUUAUAUUAGAUAAUAAUAUAAAUUUUAAUAAUGAACAAGAAAAACAUAAUAUCUAUUCCAAUCAUAUAUCUAAUGAUAAUAUUAAUAAUAUAAAUCAACUAUAUUUUAAUAAACAACAAAAUAAAUAUAAAAAUGUUAUAUCCCGUGCAGAUUCAAUCAGUUAUAUUAAUAUAUAUCGUCUUAAAUUCAUAUAUUUAUUAAUCAAUAUAAAAAUGAAGGAAACCAUAUUUAGCAAGCACGUGAAAUAUUUUCUAAAGGAGAGCGGAUUAAAAAUAUCACACAACAUUGUUCAUAUAUAUCCAGUCAUAACCCUAACUAACUAUAAACAUACCUGUGUGGAACUCAUCCACAAUAUUUCAAUUAACAAAAAAAUGAAGGAUAGUCCAAAUAAGUUACAUAAAAAUUAUAUCAACCAUAAAAUAAAACAUCUUCAAUUUCUUGGAUGGAACGUUAUCAUCUUAUAUGAGUAUGAAUGGAAAACGCUAAGGAAUUUUGAUGAAAAAUUGGAAUACAUAAAAAAAAAAUUUAAAAGCAUAAAAGAACAUGAACAGAAUGAAUUUAUGAAAUGA